UUUUUUAACGAUUAUCGCCAACCUCACUCCUCUUUUUCACAAUUGAUAAAUUCGAAAAAUAAAAGAAUAUCUAUCUCAACAUUAAAUAAACUUAAUAUAAAAGCAUUAAAAAUAAAUAAACUUCAAACAUCCCUUCUGCUAUCUCCAACAGCCGAGUGCACCCUUCUCAACAAAGAAUGCCCUCAAGUUCAACCGCAAGUGUUGUAGUGCCGUCUAAUUGUCUAAUACUUAUUGAAAUGGUCCUUAUGGUGUUUAUGCUACUUGUACAUUCAAUUGUUUUGUGUGCCAAACGUCAAAAACGUUCAGAACAACAAUCUAUAAAGGAGCGACAACAGCAAGGAUUGGUAACUGAGGCUCAAUGCACGAACAUAGGCGGGACGCGGAAUACUGUAGUCUAUGCAACUCUUAUUACAGAUGCGGGCACAGGAUUGGAUACAAAAACUGCCGGAUUUUCUGCUGUCGGAACUAAGAAGGAUGCGGAAACAAAAGUGGGAACAAAAGGGGGACAGACAAAAAUGGAGACAAAGGGACAGACAAAAGUGGAAGGGACACAGAAAUUGUCGUAGUUUUCUGCUAGAUAUAAGAAUGGAUGGAUGGAUAUUAAAAAAGGAUAUAUAUUUGUGUG